GAAUGCUGUCGCUUUUGUCAGGUCUUAAAUGUCAAAAUCAAUUUAAAACGCUGUCAUUCACUAUUUCACCGUGCUUUCAUUUUAUGAUUCUUACGUUUUCUACAACUGAAAUGGCUAGGGCCUUUGCAAGAAAAGCAAGAACAGCAUUUUGGAAUUGUCAAAAAUUUUAUUCAUCGGCACCUCCACCUACUGCUAAACCACCGUCUGGUACACUAUCGCCACCUCCGGGCACACCGCCUCCACAAACUAAAACAAAAUUUGGCCCCCUAGCAGAUCAAGACAGGAUUUUUCAAAAUUUAUAUGGAAGACAUGAUUGGAGACUCAAAGAAUCCAUGAAACGAGGUGAUUGGUAUAAAACCAAAGAAAUUUUGCUCAAGGGAUCUGAUUGGAUUAUAA